CUCUCUCUCUCUCUCUCUCUCUCUCUCUCUCUCUCUCUCUCUCUCUCUCUCUCUCUCUCUCUCUCUCUCUCUCUCUCUCCUCUCAUCGCCUAUGCCUUGUUUGGUAGUCAUGGGUUUGUAGUUUAAAAGUAUAGCUAAACCUUCAUCAUCUGCUUCCAUAUAUCUUUCCAUUCAUGGAUUCCGGUAACAGCGGGAGUAUGCAGUCCUCCAGCGGCGGCGACGACGAGUCGUACGAUUCACGCGCGGAGUCGAUCUCGGCCUUGCUGGGUCCCACCAUGACUAACCACCACCACCACCAACACCCACCGCAAGUAGCGCAACACCACCAACAACAACAGACACAACACCACCGCCAUCAUCCUCAUCACCAUGUUGAGUUCGACACCUUAUCCAACAUCUUCGAUUCGAGGCUCACGAACCCGAACCCGCUCCUCAACCUCGACAUGGUGUGGUCCAAGACGAUGAGAUCCGACCAGAGUAUGGCCGAUCUUGGCGGCCAGAACGACCUCAGCCAACCCUUUUUGACCAAUAGUCAACUAGGAGGACAAGUCAGUAGAGGAGGCGGCGGCGGCGCUGGAGGAGGGUCUUCUACUUUUACUCAGAUCCCAUCAUCGUCAGCUCCGAACGACCAAAGCCUCAACAACAACAACGUCGGCGGUGUUCGGAACACCAACCCGAAAAAGAGGUCGAGAGCGUCGAGGCGUGCGCCCACUACGGUUCUCACAACAGACACAACAAACUUCCGAGCCAUGGUUCAAGAAUUUACAGACGGUGGCCUCACGCUUCAGCAGCAGCAACCUAGGCACGACAAUAAUCCGAGGACGACGACGACGACUACAAUGAACUGGGUUGACAACAACAACAAGAGCGACGGCAAUGUCGAUCUUCUGCGGUCCGUCAAUGGGAAUUACGGUAAUGGAAAAUUAAACUACGCUGCUUCUUCUUCGUCGAAUGUCGUCGAUAAAGCUGGGGUGCAGCUGGAGAAUAAUGUGAGUGCUACUACAGCUAGAAGUGAAGGUAUGGUGGAAUCAUGGAUUUGCUCAUCUGAUUAAUUAAGCUUCUGCAAAUUCACAAUUACAGUUUCAAAGGUAUAGGACGAUGGUGAUGAUGAUGCAUGUGUCGACAGAAUCUAAAUUUGUGUUCUUAACAAUGACGAUCAACAUAAUUAAACCUUUUCCCCACUUUUCUUUCAUUAUAUGUAAAUAAUAGCUUCUUAGUUUCCUUCAUUUGUUUUCCUUCGUGAUCAUUUUUCACAUAUGUUUCAUACUUUGAUAUACGGAGAGAAUACCAUCUUGGUCUUUUGUCAACAAUCUCAGUUCUAUCUUAUCUGAA